UCCUCUCUCCCCCCAGGCUCCUUUGCUGCCCAUCCUUCUCUGUCUUGUUCCCAACACCUGGAACAGGUGCAGCCCUGAUUAGUCAAUGGUUGCCUGCAACUCAGUUCUGCUGCUGUCCUUGCCUUUCCUUAGUUGUCUCCCUCCCUGUUCCUGCAGAGCACAAAGAGGUCAAGAAAUUCAAAGGGAGCUGCAGGCUUCUGGGGGCCCAGGGAAUGCCUGCUACCAGGUCUGCGAUGUUUGCAAGGAGUCAGACAUUAAGAAGUUGAUUCGGGUCGCUGUAGAGUGUUACGGAUGCCUGGACUGCCUGGUGAACAACGCUGGAAACGCUUACAAAGAAUCGACAGAUGAAUUGACUGCUCAAGACUUCAAAAACCUCAUGGAACUCAAUGUUGUGAGCUAUUUGUUGUUAUCUAAGUAUGCACUGCCCUACCUACGGCAAACGAAAGGAAACAUCGUCAACAUGUCCAGCCUUCAUGGUCAUCUUGGGCUGAAGGAUCUUCUGUCAGCUGUCACAAGCAAGGGUGCUGUGACUGCAAUGACCAAAUCCCUGGCCAUCGAUGAGAGCAAGUAUGGAGUACGCGUCAACAGCAUCUCACCAGGUAAUAUCUGGACUCCUUUGCUGGAAAGAGAAGCAAAUCGUUUUAAGGAUCCAAGGGCCGUAAUCGAGGAAUUUGAAAGCUAUCAGUUACUGGGACGCUUGGGGACCCCAAAAGAGGUGGCGUUGGGUGUUCUGUUCCUUGCUGCUGAUGCAACUUUCUGCACUGGUCUGGACCUUGUGCUCAGUGGCGGAGCUGAAAUUGGUUUUGGAACAAAGAGCCCGAUGGGUCCUAACUGUUCCCCAAGUGAUCUUGGGAAUUUGGUGGACUACGACCCCUGCAAGCAAUAGAGCCACAACGAGAGCCAGGAAUAAGAGCUAAGAGUACAACUAUCAUUGAUUCAAAGUCAUUAUUCAAACUUCAUUAAAUGCUUCCUUUCUAUGUUUACUGCUUGAUUCCCCUUGUCCAACAACUGUGCCUGUUGUUAUUCCAAAUCCCAUCAUCCGAUAAAACCACGGUCCAAAGAAAAGAGUUUCCAUAAA